GGAGAUUAUACCACGGACUGAAGUGUGGAAUUCCCAGAGACUCGGCUUUUAGAAGCAGUACGCGAGAAGAGGAUUAGCCCGGCACGUGGCAGCAUCCUAGCCGUGCGCUAAGCUUCAGCUUCUUAAAUUUUCUGGGAGCGCGGGAGAUUCGAACCCCAGCCCCCUGAGUUUUCUAAGCUUUUUUUUAGGGCAGGAUUCGAACCAUAGCCUAGCGUUUUUUUCAUGAAAAUUUCUUGCCGCCCUGGAGUCUAGUUGAAGCUUUCGUGGGCGGGGCGCGCCAUGGCGAGAGGUGAGUCCAGCAGGAUGGGGAGCUCCAGACGGCGGAGUAGCGCUGGCGAUUUCGGCACUCCAGCGCCGACGCAAGCCUCUCAGGAGGGAGGGUCUGGCCCCCAAAUGUCCGCGUCGGAGCUACGAUCGAUCAGGUCGUGUUACAGGGAUCUCAAAAGUGAAAUAUCAGGCGAGAAGGAUGACAUUGUGCGUGACUCCCAGAAAUUUAAUGUGCUCAUUGGGCGCGUGGAUAGUCUCUAUAACAAAGUGGAGAGGCCUCGCGAGCAAAUAGCCGACCUGGAAGCUAUACGCGAUCUUUCGGCUUGCGUUGUUCAAUAUGCAAAGGGCAUGCAACAAAACGGUGGCCCAACGUCAGCGGACUUUUGCUCGGUGGCCAUCCAUAAAUGCAAAGACGGCGGUGGCAUUGAUUGGAUGAAGCUCGGCUACGAGGCCUCCGAGUUCAUCUGUGACGCUCCUGGGCUCAGCACCAUGGUCGGGCCUAUGGACAUUGUGCCGAAGCAGAGAAAAAGGCCUGCACCGAGGACCCGAGAGAAGCCUGGGCCUUCUACCCGUCCUCAAGAAGUUGAAGCAGUGGAAAAUAUGAGUACUGAGACGGACAAAAACAUUGAAACCAUGUUCAGGAUUUUGCGGACUCAUAAGCGUGUGCGGUUCGAGGCGCUCGUUUUAAAAAGGAAGAGCUUUGCGCAAACAAUUGAGAACAUCUUCGCGUUGUCUUUCCUUGUGAAAGACGGGAGGGUGGAGAUCAGCUGUGACAAUGGUGUUAUCCACAUAGUCCCCAAGAACGCACCCAGUAAGGAUGACCGCGCUAGCGGUAACGUUGUCAACACGCAGUUUGUACUGCGAUUGGAUUAUCAGGACUGGGUGACUAUGCAUCAAUCACUCGACGAGAAUCAGGAGCUAAUGCCGGACCGAGUCGAGUCCGCGGCGGCUGCUACUGUGACGCCGAUCCGGAAGACAUCCCGGAACCGAGCCAGGGAGACAGUCCCAGGCAGCCAAUCUCAAGCUGACGAGCAGGAAGAAGAAGAGGGGAGCCAGAGGCGGCCGAGGAAAUCACGCCGCCUCCGCUUGGAGAGUAACUGAUCAACGACGCCAAGUUGUCAACCCUGUACAGCCAUUUUGUAAAGUCUUAACCACGAGAGAGUAAGUGCCCGUGGCUCGAUCGCGGCGCUCUUUAUCCUUGUGAGAAUUUCUUUUUGACGAUUACUUGGUAACUUGGCAACUUCACAUUUUGGCAAAGCUAAGUCACAGGCGACUA